UUACUUUGUUAACUGUAAAUGGAAAAGAAUGAAAAAAGUGGUGGUGGAAAUUGGUAAGAGUAGGAACGUAAAUUACUUAAUCCUGAGAAUGAGCUGCUUGGCCACAGUAAUAAUUUCGACACCAGCCAGAAUGAAUCUUUUAGUAACAGGUAUUUUGCUCUUUAUGAGUGGUAUUUCAUUGGCCGAUAUUUCUUCUGAAUUAGUGAAAAAUCAAGUUGUUCCUGAUGUUGUAAAUAAAGCUCCUAUGAAUGAAAUUGAGGUCGAAUAUGGAAAGAAAAAAGUACGUGUUGGAGAAAUAUUGACACCAACAGAAGUGAAAAAUAUGCCAAAAAUUGAUUAUAAAGAUGACGAUAAUGCAUUAUACACCUUGAUUAUGACAGAUCCCGAUGCGCCAAGUCGACAAAAUCCCACAAAUCGAGAAUUCAUACAUUGGCUUGUGGGAAAUAUUCCUGAAGAUGAUGUAUCCAAGGGUGAGAUUUUGGCAUCAUAUGUGGGCUCUGGACCACCAAAAGGAACGGGUCUUCAUAGAUACAUUUUCUUAGUUUAUAAACAAUCGGGAAAAAUAAAUUUCAAUGAAUCUCAACUCACAAGUAAUGGAAAAGAAGGUCGUCGUAAAUUUUCCACAAAAAAAUUCGUGGAAAAAUAUAAUCUUGGCGAUCCAAUUGCUGGAAAUAUGUUCCAAGCUGAAUGGGAUCAAUCAGUUUCUAAUUAAACAUCCUUUUUUUUUAAAGUACUUUUCACAUACAAAUGCAUUCUAAAAUAAAAGAUCUUUUCUUUUAUCAUAAUCAUGCUUUUUUAGAAUAUAAACACAAUGCUAUAUUUAAUUAUUAUAAAUAAGAUGCAAAUUUUGUCAAAAAUGUAAAUCUUUUUAAUUAGAAUUUAUAAAUAUUUUUCUAUCAAGUUUGUAAUAAUGUAAUAUUUAUCCAUAAGAGUAUAUAUAAUAAAGAAACAAUAUCUUUUACAUCAAAAAAAA